AUGAAUCCUAUCGAGGCCACUGUCACGAAGCUGCUAGUUGCCACCAAGCAACUCCUCGAGUCGCUGACCCUCUGGUCUAACAGGAAGGUCAGCGAGGAACACGUUUCUGACAUCUUUGUCCAGCUCGCCACACAGUUCAACUUGGCCAGCCAGGCCUUCCAUGAAGUUGGCAUCGACACAAGUGAGCUCGCCCAUGUCCCCGACGACUUGCGAAAUUGCCUCGAGACAGCAUUAGGAGAAGAUCCCUCUCCCGCCUCACUGGACCAGUACUUACCUAAAAUUAAGGAAGUCAUCAUCAAUCUCCUGCAGGGACUUCGACUCAAGCAGAACCUCUACAGAGAGCGCCACGAGACAAAGGCCGCACGCACCAACACGCCUCCACCCCAACUACCCCUCGCACUUCCACCAACUGUGCCACUUCCACCAGCAACAACACCACAAACAGCAACAACAUCCGGAAGGAAAAGGACCAGUCUCAGCAAUUCUAGACAACCUAGCAUCAGCCGACCACCUGAACCAGUGGAGGCUCCUAGCACGCAGAAUGGCUUCAACAUGAGCAAUCAAUUCCCCAAACCACCCACCUUUGUUGCUCCAACACCCACCUUUUCUGUCUCUGCGCCUCAGGACGAAUCUACGCAUGCCGAGACACUCGCUUCACUUCGAAAGAGUGACACCAUUACACGCCGCGCCUCUUCCAGACGCCACUCACAACGGUUCUCGACUCUACUGGAGCAAAACACGCCACCUGUUCCAAGGCGACAGCACCCUAUCUCGGAUUCCAGUCUAUCGGCGACGUAUCCGGGAUAUGCAUACUCUCAAGGAUCCUUCCCAAUUACCAGCCCUCCGUUGCCCUUACCUCAUAACCAAUUCUCUCCUAUGACAUCUCCGGCUAUUGGUAACCUCCCAGCUAGCCCUGCAUUAUCAACAACAAGCACCACUGGAUACAUGGAUGCGAUGCCAUUACCGCCAACCAUCCCUAUGCCAGGGCUGCCAACACCCAAGGAAGCCCAACAAAUGCUAGCGACAGCGUCGACUCCUGGAUCGACAGGUCCUCCUGCUCCCAGCGAUGCAGAUGAUUCCACAAUGACCACUGCUCACAUCCCAAACGGAUCAUUGGAAUCUGUCAGCGAGGCUGCAGCUCCAUCAGACGCUGCCGGUGUGUCAGAGACAUCUGAAACCCCUGCUCCUGCUCACUCUGAGCAACCUACUGCAGAGCCAGUAGAGACAAGCUUGACACUUUUCUUGCAGGUUGGAAAGAGCGUCAAGAAGACAAAGUUCGAGGGAGAGUUGACGCACUCUGGUCUUAGGAUGCUGUUCAUGGAAAAGUUCCAGUACAACCCAGGACAGGAGGACUUUCCCACCAUUUACGUCAAGGAUCCCCAGACCAAUAUUCAUUAUGAGCUGGAGUCUUUGAUUGAUGUCAAGCAGAACGCGUUCCUGUCUCUGAACGUUGAUGACCUGGAGAAUAUUCAGAGGAGGAUGGACCAAGGCUUUGCUUCACUUACAAAGGAACUCCAUGAUAUCAGGAAAGCACAGGAGGCACUCGAGAUUGCGCGCCAUAAGCAGGCCAAUGCCGCCGCCGUCGCAGCUGCUUUGGCUGCAGCAAACACACCUGAGCGAAACAACGCAUCCGCCGGUUCAGAUGGUCCUCAGGCCCUCCGCUCCAUGGUCCAGAAGGUGAUGGCCAAGACCGCGACUCUCCUUCCGACCGCGACUACAGCAGUUACUUCUGUUCAAAGCAAAGCAUCCGUGGCGGAGCUGAAGGCGCAGCAGGAGGAGGUUCAGACGUUGAGAAGGGAUUUGGGUGUCGUUCGCCAGCUGUACUCGGAGCUCCAGAGUGAGACCAAGCUCAUGCUUGGUAACCUUGCUGGAUACACCACCAAGAUCCGGAAGCAGGCUCUGGAAGCGCCUGUGUCAUCGCGUAUGAUUAUCGAGACGGGAAAGGUUAAGCUGGAUAAAAAGUCUGAGGAUCUGACCAACAAGAUUGAGAACCUGCAGGAUGUGGUGGAUGAUAUGAAGAUCAAUGUGACUCAGCGCCGUGGACGGCCCAGCGAGAACUCGAUGACCUUUGUCGACAAGGAGUGCGAGCAGAUUGACAAGGACAUUGCGGAGCUUUCGGACUAUAUCCAGACGAUCCGACCUUCAUGGAAGAAGACCUGGGAGGUUGAGCUGCAGACUAUUGUGAAGGAACAGAUGUUCUUGAAGGAGCAGGAGGCGCUUCUGGAGGAUUUGAAGGAGGAUCGUAGCUCGCUGUUGCAGACUUUGGGCAACCUCAAGAAGGUGACAGAGUUGCAGGUCAAGGCUAGCGGUAAUGGAUCGAAGGAGUUUGUUUUCCAGCCUGUCGUUGACGAAGAUUUUGAGGGACUCAAGACUGUGAUGGAAGAGGUCAAGAUGAUUGAGCCAGACUCGAACAAGCGACUCAAGGCGAUGGCCCAGAUGGAGAAGCUGCGCCAUAUCGAGCUGUCGAACAGGAUUGACGAGUUUGAGGAAGAGUUGACGACGUUUGUUGGCUCCAGUAAGCUGAGAAAGACUGGUGGCGCACUUGAGGUUGAGCGUCAGCGUCAGCAGAGGGAUUCUGAGAACUUGAAGGCGAUGUUUGCGGCCAAGAAGAGCGUCGAGCCUCUGGUUCCUAUUGUUGAAGAUGAGGCUGUUCUUGAGGAGGCUCCUGUGGUGGCUCCUGUGGUGGCUCCUGUGGUGGAAGAUGCCGUAGAUGUACCAGCAGUAGAAGCCGCUGUGCCAGAUGUUACUGAGGAUACAGCAACCGCCACCGCCGAGGCCGAAGAUCCGAACGACCUCCUUUAG